AUGAAUAUAAUUCCACUUCUACAAUUUUAUUUAUUAAGUUCCAAUGGUGAUUUCGCUGAGCGUGACAUCAAUUUGGAAAUCGCUGAAUCUCUUCUUUAUGUAAUUCAAAGAUUCAUCAUGCCUCGAAGUACUUCGUUCUUACUUCUGAUGGCAAGUGAUCGACCUCAAACUAUCAAUUUUUAUUCUGAUCUCUCGAGAAUACUUUUGGAUGGAUUUUCCAAUAUCAAAACUCAGAUUGUCUUCAAUAGUGACUCGGAGGUCGGUCCAACUAUUCACGGUGAAAGACUUUAUAAUAUUUUUGUUGUAGAUUCUUCAGACACUUUUUUAAAAAUUGACCCAGCUUCGAAUGUUAGAAACUACGACAUCAACGAAUACUAUCACAUUUUUCUAAAAACUGACGACUUGUACAUCGAUGACGAUAUGCAAAGAAUCUUCGACUACUGCUGGCAGAACUACAUCAUCAAUGUCAAUGUUCAAGUACAAACAGCUCUAGGGGACAUAAUUGUCUACAGUUACUUCCCAUUUUCAAAAACUCACUGCCGAAAGGUCAUUCCCGUGGAGAUAAAUCGUUUUGAGAAUGGUAAAAUGCAAAGCGACAAAAUAUUCCCCUCAAAACUACACGAUUUGUACGACUGUCCACUGAGAGUCGCGACUUAUGAUAUUCCACCGUACUUGACAUUGGACUUUUCAAAAAAGGGACGUGAUGUAAUUGGAGGUUUUGAAGGCAAGCUUUUGCAUGAACUGAGUGUCAAAAUGAAUUUCGACAUUGAAGUUGUUGUGCCAAAAAAUAACGAGCUUAGAGGAGUUAUAUUUGGUAACUUGAGCACUGGAGCUGUGGAAAUGCUUCGUAAAAAAGAAGCCGACUUGAGUCUUGGUUGCAUUUGGUUCUCUGAAAAUCGCAGUAGAGUUCUAACAGCUACUGAUACAUAUUUGCAGUCUAAAAACAUGCCGAUCAUAAUGGAGUCUUCGACAAAUUUCAAGCCCGAUCUAGCCCUUUGGUUUCCAUUUGAGCCUGAAGCUUCAAUAGCUUUGCUCACUGCAUUCCUCGCUACCUUAGUAUUCUAUUUGAUUUUCAUAAAAAUUCAAGAUACAUUUUUCAAAUUCAUUCCGACAAAUAGGCCUUCGGUCUGGCUUAAUCACUUUUCGUACACUUUGGGAAAUUCUACGGUUGAACCGACACAAAAUUCUAAACGAAUUUUCAUCACAUCUUGGGUCUUAUUCGUUUUGGUAAUCCGAACAAAAUACGGAGCCAUAAUCUAUCAUAUCAUUCGGAAUAAUAUUUUUAUGAAACCACCCUCGACCAUCGAUGAGGUCCUAAAGUUAAACUACACUUUUGUCCUGAAUCGUCCUGGAUGGAAUGAAAUGGGUAACAUUGGUAUAUUCAAAGAUAUGCCAACGAAGAAGAUCUCUUUGGAUAAUAUUCAAACUGCAGAAGUUUUUCAAUAUCUUGAACGAAAUGCCGAUAAAAAACUUAUGACUGCAGCUCCAAUUGAAUUUAUUUUAGAUUAUUUGGGAAAGGGAAGGAAAAUUGGAGUUUUGACGACCUUGAAGGAGGCAUUUAUGAAUCAAAAUGUUUGCAUUUAUUUGACGAAACAUUCAUUCUUGGCUGAUCGAUUAAAUACGUAUAUUUUACGGACUAAUGCAUUUGGAUUGAUGGAUGCUUGGGUGGAGCAGGCAAUUGAUUUUUCAUUUUUUAAACUCGAAAGACCACCGAAGGAAAUUACUAUUGGAUUGGAGCAAACAACUAAUAAAACACAAGGAUCAUUGAUAGACAAUGUUUGCCCUUCCCUCUCUGAAUACCAGCAAUAA